UUGACAUCUUAAAACUCAUAUAUAUUAACCUCUUUUGUCCAACCCCACUCCAUUUCAAUAAUCCUCUCUCUAAAUUAAACCAAAAUGGCACUGAGUAACAAUGUGAUAGGUGCCAUUAACUUCGUUGCAGUGCUCCUCUCAAUCCCAAUCAUUGCUGCUGGGAUCUGGCUAACAACUUUGCCAGCGGAUUCAUGUGUCCAAAUUCUACAAUGGCCUGUUAUCAUAUUAGGGGUUCUGAUAUUUGUUGUGGCUCUGGCAGGGUUCAUAGGAGCCUUUUGGAGAAUACCCUCACUUCUGGUAUUCUACCUCGUGGCCAUGCUAGGGCUUAUUGUGUUGCUACUUUCGUUGGUGGUUUUCACCUAUGCCGUUACCCUUAGAGGGCACGGGACCAUUGAACCCAAUCGGUCUUACUUGGAAUAUCGCAUGGAUGAUUUCUCACUGUGGCUUCGCCGAAGGGUAAGAAGCUCCCACAAGUGGGAUCGCAUUAGGAGUUGUCUUAGCUCAUCAAAUAUUUGUAGUGAGUUGGAUCAAAGGUACCGAACGGCUCAAGACUUCUUCAAUGCACACCUAACCCCCAUUCAGUCAGGGUGCUGCAAGCCACCAACCAAAUGUGGUUACACGUUUGUGAACCCUACCUAUUGGAUUAGCCCCAUCAACACAGCAGAAGAAACGGAUUGCAUGAAAUGGAGCAACGACCAAACACAACUUUGCUACAACUGUGACUCGUGUAAAGCUGGUUUGUUGGCAACCCUUAGGGUGGAGUGGAGGAGGGCCAAUGUGAUAUUGAUCAUUACUUUGGUUGCUCUAAUUGCAGUAUACUUGGUAGGCUGCUUUGCCUUUAGGAAUGCCAAAACUGAGGAGCUCUUUCGUAAAUACAAGCAAGGCUACUCUUGAAACAUAUCAUAUUUAUUUGCUUCAUACUUUGAUGGACUAGUAGAGUUAGAUUAUGAACACUAAACAGUGGUGGUGGUGGUUAGUGAAAUUGGGUCAUUUUGUGUGUCUCUUAAUUAUUGGAUUUUGCAUUAAUGAAAAACGAAGAAAUCCAUGUACGUACAAUGUAUGUAUCUGU